CUGCGGUGUUGCUGUGGGCUACCCUCUGGAUACAGUGAAGGUGAGGAUCCAGACUGAGGCCAAGUACACAAGCAUCUGGCACUGCAUCCGGGACACGUAUCGUCAAGAGCGGGUGUGGGGCUUCUACCGGGGCCUCUCAUUGCCUGUUUGCACAGUGUCCCUGGUGUCAUCUGUAUCCUUUGGCACCUACCACCACUGCCUGGCUCACAUUUGCCGCUUCCGGUACGGCAGUACUGACGCCAAGCCCACCAAGGCUGAUAUCACACUCUCAGGAUGUGCCUCUGGCCUUGUCCGGGUGUUCUUGACAUCACCCACUGAGGUGGCCAAGGUCCGCCUGCAGACGCAGGCCCAAGCUCAGACACAGCAGCGGCGGCCCUCAGCCUCCUGGAUGUCAGUGGCUCCUGCUUUGUGUCCUGCACCCACUGCGUGUCUGGAGCCCAGACCCAAGUACUGUGGGCCACUGCACUGUUUAGCCACAGUGGCCCGUGAGGAGGGGCUUCGGGGACUCUACAAGGGCAGCUCAGCUCUGCUCCUUCGUGAAGGUCACUCCUUUGCCACCUACUUUCUCUCCUACGCCAUGCUCUCUGAGUGGCUCACCCCUGCUGGCCAUAGCCAGCCAGAUGUCCUAGGUGUGCUGGUGGCUGGAGGCUGUGCCGGGGUCCUGGCUUGGGCUGUGGCUACCCCCAUGGAUGUGAUCAAGUCACGCCUGCAGGCGGAUGGGCAGGGCCAGCGGCGCUACCGGGGCCUCCUGCACUGUGUGGUGACCAGCGUGCGGGAGGAGGGCCCCAGGGUGCUCUUCAAAGGGCUGGCGCUCAACUGCUGCCGUGCCUUUCCUGUCAACAUGGUAGUGUUUGUGGCCUAUGAGGCUGUGCUGCGGCUCACUCAGAGAUUGUUCACAUAGGAGCCACCAGUCAGUAGCAGCCAGGUCACAGCAGCUGGAGGCAAAGGGUGGGCUUAGGACCCCACAGGGCUGUCACUGGAACAGCAGAGGGCCUUCUGUGCAGUGACUUAGAUGAGGCCUGAGCUUGGCCUGCUCAGCUGCUGACCACAAAGUCAGGGGGUUGACCUGCCAUCUGGUUGGGGGUCAUGAGUCAAGGUUAUGUGGGUCUCCUUGAUGAGGACAUGUGACACUUGGAGUCAUCUGUCACCGCAACUGUUCAUCCUGAGUGUACUCCCUUGUCCACACCCAUGACUUCAGAGCAAACCCUCACCAACCCCUCAACUUCCACUGCUUCACGCCGUUCCCAUAAGACACAAGUGAGGGACCAGACAGCAAGCUGAACCAUCUGGCUACAGGCUGGGCUUGCUCCCUGUCCCAGGCUGUCCAAGAGAGCUCACUGCCCUCACUGGCUGAGGGACUGGUGUGGUGCUUCCCUGAGUACUCACACUCACGCUGCUUGGACCCUGGAGACUGGGCUGGGAGUGGCGGUCAAUAAAUGUU